AUCGUAGUACCCCCCCCCCCCACCAACGUCUUUAUUUACCUAAACUGGAGAUUUCCAUUGCGGCAGAAAGAGCAGGAGAAUACGCCCUUAUCUUACGAUUGUUUUGGGCACUAUCUGGCACCCAUAUUCGGGGCUCCGGUAGCUAUCCCGACCCUAGUAUAGCGAUUACUGUGACGUAACAACCCGCACCAGAAGCGUGGAGGGAAGGGGGCGGGCACUGGUAGAAUUCUUUCUUUUCCGGCUCUUUCUAAUUACAUCACGCAGGGAAAGAAUGGGUGACCAAUCGGAGCCCGGAUAGACUCGGCUCUUUCUGCCCCGCCCUUCCGCUUACGUAUCUAGCUCUGCGUUCUGAGAGGCUCGCGCUCAGCAGCCCGGGCCAGUUUCCGUGGCGACAGGAAAGCGCGGGAAUUACAGAUAAAUUGAAACUGCGACUGCUCGGCUAGAGCUGCCGAACGCUUUCUGAGCCGGGGCGGCUUUUGCGGGCUGUUCUGAUAACUAGGCCCCGGGGCCUGAGAAGCCCAGAAGCUUUAGUCAGGAUAAGGGUGAGAGAGCCCGGGGCAGGAAGAGGGGCCCAGAGGGGUGUUUGGGAAACUGGUUGUGGGGAGAGUAAAGGGGAGGCGGCUCCUAAAGGAGAGGCCUGAAGGAGAGCAAAACUCAUUCCCGUCGAGUCGAUUCCGACUUAUAGCGACGCUGUGGGAUAGAGUAGAAGUGCCCCGUAGGGUUUCCAUGGAGCGUCUGGUGGAUUCGAACUGCCGACCUUUUGUUUAACAGCCAAGCUCUUAACAACUGCGCCAUCAGGGCUACGAAGGAGAGCAAAAUGGUGAAAUGGAACAGAAGGAAAUGGAUUUUUCUGUGGCUCACAUUGAAGAAGUACAAAAUGUCCUUAAUGCUAUGCAGAAAAUCUUGGAGUGUCCAAUCUGUCUGGAGUUAAUCAAAGAGCCUGUUUCCACAAAAUGUGACCAUAUAUUUUGCAAAUUUUGUAUGCUGAAACUUCUCAACCAGAAGAAAGGGCCUUCACAGUGCCCUUUGUGUAAGAAUCAUAUAACCAAAAGGAGCCUACAAGAAAGUACAAGGUUUAGUCAACUUGUUGAAGAGCUAUUGAAGAUCAUUCGUGCUUUUGAACUUGACACGGGAUUACAGUUUGCAAACAGUUACAACUUUGCAAAAAAGGAAAAUAACUCCCCUGAGCAUGUAAAGGAGGAAGUUUCUAUCAUUCAAAGUAUGGGCUACCGAAACCGUGCCAAAAGACUUCGACAAAGUGAACCUGAAAAUCCUACCUUGGAAACCAGUCUUAAUGCCCAACUCUCUAACUUUGGAAUUGUGAGAUCUUUGAGGACAAAGCAGCACACACAACUUCAGAAUAAAUCUGUCUACAUUGAAUUAGGAUCUGAUUCUUCUGAAGAUACAGUUAAUAAAGAAAGUUAUUAUAGUGUGGUAGACCAAGAAUUGUUACACAUUGCCCCACAAGGAGCCAAGGCUGAAGCCAGUUUGGAUCCUACAAAAAAAGCUGCUUGUGAGUUUUCUGAGAAGGACAUCACAAACCUUGAAUAUCGUCAAUCCAGUAAUAAAGAUUUGAAUACCAUUAAGAAGCAUGCAGCUGAGAAGCAUCCAGAAAAGUAUCGGGGCAUUUCUGUUUCAAACUUGAAUGUGGAGCCAUGUGGCACAAAUACUCAUGCCAGCUCAUUACAGCAUAAGAACAGCAGUUUAUUACUCACUAAAGACAGAAUGAAUGUAGAAAAGGCUGAAUUCUGUAACAAAAGCAAACAGCCUGGCUUAGCAAGAAGCCAACAGAGCAGAUGGGCUGAAAGUAAGGAAACAUGUAAUGAUAGGCAGACUCCUAGCACAGAGAAAAAGGUAGAUGUGAAUGCUGAUCCCUUGUAUGAGAGAAAAGAAGUGAAUAAGCAGAAACCUCCACGCUCUGAGAAUCUUAGAGACACCCAAGAUAUUCCUUGGAUAACACUGAAUAGUAGCAUUCAGAAAGUUAAUGAGUGGUUUUUCAGAAGUGACGGCCUGGAUGUCUUAAAUGAUGAGGGGCCUGAAUCCAGUGCAGAAGUAGCUGGUGCAUUAGAAGUUCCAAAUGAAGUACAUUCUAAUUCUUCAGAGAAAAUAGACCUAAUGGCCAGUGAUCUGCAUGGUGCUUUAAUAUGUGAAAGUGAAAGAGUCCCCUCCAAACCAGCAGAAAGUAACAUCGAAGAUAAAAUAUUUGGGAAAACCUAUCGGAGGAAGGCAGGUAUGUCUCAUUUGAGCCACAUAACUGAAGAUCUGAUUAUGGGAGCUAUUGCUUCAGAACCUCAGAUAGCACGAGAACAUCCUUUUACAAAUAAAUUAAAGCGUAAAAGGAGAACAUCAGGCCUUCAUCCUGAGGAUUUUAUCAAGAAAGUAGAUUUGGCAGUUGUUCAAAAGAUCCCUGAAAAGAUAAAUCAGGAAACUGACCAUGUGGAGCAGAACGGUCAAGUGAUGAAUAUUGCUAAUGGUGGUCGUGAGAAUGAAACAAAAGGUGAUUAUGUUCAGAAAGAGAAGAAUGCUAUCCCAACAGAAUCAUUGGCAAAAGAAUCUGCUUUCAGAACUAAAGCUGAACCUAUAAGCAGCAGUAUAAGCAAUAUGGAACUAGAAUUAAAUAUGCAUAAUUCAAAAGCACCAAAGAAGAAUAGGCUGAGGAGGAAGUCGUCAACCAGACAUAUUCAUGCACUUGAACUAGUAGUCAAUAGAAAUCCAAGUCCACCUACUCAUACUGAACUACAAAUUGACAGUUGGUCUAGCAGUGAAGAGACAAAGAAAAAAAGUUCUGAGCAAAAGCCAAUCAGACACAACAGAAACCUUCAACUCAUGAAAAAUCAAGAAACCGCAACUGGAGCCAAGAAGAGUAACAAGCCAAAGGAACAAAUAAGUAAAAGACAUGGCGCUGACUCUUACCCAGAACUACAUUUAACAACCACAGCUGGCUUUAUUACUAAGUGUUCAAGUUCUGAUAAUCUUCAAGAAUUUGUCAAUCCUAGCCUUCAAGGAGAGAAAACAGAAGAAAACCUGGAAACAAUUCAAGUGUCUAAUAUUACCAAAGAGCCCAAGGAUCUAGUGUUAAAUGGAGGAAGAGAUUUGCAAACCAAAAAAUCUAUUGAGAGUACCAAUAUCUCAGUGAUACCUGAUACUGUUUAUGGCACUCAGGACAGCGUCUCAUUGCUGGGAGCUGACACCCCAGGGAAGGCAAAAACAGCACCAAAUCGAUGUGCAAGUCAGUGUACAGCAAUUGAAAACCCAAGUGAACUUACCAACAGUUGUCCUAAAGAUACUAGAAAUGACACAGAGGGUUUUAAGGAUCUAUUGAGAUGUGAAGCUAGCCACAUUCAGGAGACAUGCAUAGAAAUAGAAGAGAGUGAACUUGAUACUCAGUAUUUACAGAGUACAUUCAAGGUUUCAAAGCGUCAGUCAUUUGCUCUGUUUUCAAAUCCAGAAAAGAAAUGUGCAACAAUUUGUGCCCACUCCAAGUCCUUAAGGAAGCAAAGCCCAAAAGUCACUCUUGUGUGUGGAGAAAAAGAAGAAAAUCAAGGGAACAGAGAGCCUAAAAUCAAGCAUGAGCAGGCAGUUCAUAUGCCUACAGGCUAUCCUGAGGCUUGUCAGAAAGAGAAGCCAAGUGACUAUACCAAAUAUAGCAUUAAAGGAGUCUCUGGGCUUUGUCAGUCAUCUCAGUUCAGAGGCAGUGAAUCUGAACUCAUUACUGCAGAUGGACAUGGAAUCUCACAAAACCCAGAUCAAAUACCAUCACUUUCUCCCACCAGGUCAUCUGUUAAAACUAAAUGUAAGACAAACCUGUUGGAAGAAAGGUUUGAGGAACAUACAAUAUCACUUGAAAGAGCAAUGAGAAAUGAGAACGUCAUUCAAAGUACAGUGAGCACAGUUAGCCAAAAUAACAUUAGGGAAAGUGCUUCUAAAGAAGCCAGCUCAAGCAGUAUUAAUGAAGUAUGUUCCAGUAUUAAUGAAGUAGGUUCUAGUGGUGAAAACAUUCAAGCAGAAAUAAGUAGGAAGAGAGGACCUAAAUUAAAUGCUGUGCUCAGAUUAGGUCUUAUGCAACCUGAAGUUUAUAAACAAAGUCUUCCUAUAAGUGACUGUAAACAUCCUGGAAUAAAAACGCAAGGAGAAAAUGAAGGAGUAGUUCAGGCUGUUAAUACAGAUUUCUCCCCAUGUCUAAUUUCAGAUAACCUAGAACAACCUGUGGGAACUAGUCGUGCUUCUCAGGUUUGUUCUGAGACUCCCGACGACCUGUUAGAUGAUGAUGAAAUAAAGGAAAAUAUCAGCUUUGCUGAAAACGGCAUUAAGGAAAGAUCUGUUUUUAUUAAAGAUGACCAGAGAAGAGAGUUCAGAAGGAACCCAAGCCCUUUAUCCCAUUCAGGUUUGGCUCAGGGUUGCCUAAGAGGGGCCAGGGAAUUGGAGCCCUCACAAGAGAACAUAUCUAGUGAGGAUGAAGAGCUUCCCUGCUUUCAACACUUAUUAUUUGGUGAAGUAACCAAUAUACCUUCUCAAUCUACCAGACAUAAUGCUGAUGCCAUACAGUGUCUUUCUAAGAACACAGAAGAGAACCUAGGAUCAGUGCAGAAUAGCAUAAAUGACUGCAGUAACCAGGUAACAUCAGCAAAGGCAUCCCAGGAACGUCACCUUAGUGAGGAAGUGAGAUGUUCUAGUAGCUUAUUUUCUUCACAGUGCAGUGUAAUGGAAGACUUGGCUACAAAUACAAACACUCAGGAUCCUUUCUUGAUGUUUGGUUCUCCUUCCAAACAAGCGAGGCAUCAGUCUGAAAACCAGGAAGUUGUUCUGAGUGACGAGGAAUUGGUUUCAGAUGAGUACAAAAGGGGACCUGGCCUGGAAGAGGAUAAUCACCAAGAUGACCAGAGUGUGGAUUCGAACUUAGAUGAAGUAGCAUCCGGGUAUGAAAGUGAAUCAAGCCUCUCUGAAGCUGGUUCAGGGCCGUCCUCUCAGAGUGAUAUUCUAACCACUCAGCAGAGGGACACCAUGCAAGACAACCUGAUAAAGCUCCAGCAGGAAAUGGCUGAAUUGGAGGCCGUGUUAGAGCAGCAGGGGAGCCAGCCUUCCAACAGCUCCCCUUCCCUCCUAGCAGGCUCUCGUGCCCCCAAGAAUCUGCUAAAUCCAGAACAGAACACAUCAGAAAAAGGAUCCAUAUCAACUUCAGAGAAAAGUAAUGAACAUCCUGUAAGUGAGAAUCCAGAAGGCCUUUCUGCUGACAAGUUCCGACCAUCUCUAGAUAGUGCUACCAGCAAAAAUAAAGACCCAGGAAUGGAAAGGUCUUCUCCUUCUAAAUUCCAGCUGUUAGACAAUAAUAGGUGGGAUGUGCACAGCCACUCAAGGAGUCUUCAGAAUGGAAACCGCCUGUCUCAGGAGGAGCUCGUUAAAAUUGUGGAUGUGGAGGAGCAACAAGUGGAAAAGUCUGAGGCACGUGGUUUAAUAGAGCAGCCUUACUUGCCACUGCAAGAUUUAGAGGGAACCCCUUGCCUAGAAUCUGGAGUCAGCCUCUUCUCCGAUGACCCUGAAUCUGAUCCCUCUGAAGACAGAGCCCCAGACCCAGCUCAUGUUUGCAGCAGUCCAGCUUCAUCUUCUGCUUUGAAGUUACCCCAAUUUCAAGUUGCAGAAUCUGCCAGCGAUUCAGCUGACGCUCAUACUAAUAAUACCACUGCAUACAACGCGAGGGAAGAGAGUGUGAACAAGGAGACGCCAGGAGUGACGUCUUCAGCAGAAAGGGCCAACAGGAGAGCAUCCAUGGUGGCAUCAGGCUUGACUCAAAAAGAAUUUAUGCUCGUGCACAAAUUUGCCAGAAAACACCACUGCACUUUAACUAAUCAGAUUACUGAAGAGACUACUCAUGUUAUUAUGAAAACAGAUGCUGACUUUGUGUGUGAACGGACACUGAAAUAUUUUCUGGGAAUUGCAGGAGGAAAAUGGGUAGUUAGCUAUUUCUGGGUGACCCAGUCUAUUAAAGAAAGAAAGAUGCUGGAUGAGUGUGAUUUUGAAGUCAGAGGAGAUGUUGUCAAUGGAAGAAACCACCAAGGUCCAAAGCGAGCAAGAGAAUUCCAGGACAGAAAGAUCUUCAAGGGACUAGAAAUCUGUUGCUAUGGGGCCUUUACCAACAUGCCUACAGAUCAACUGGAGUGGAUGGUGCAGCUGUGUGGGGCUUCUGUUGUGAAAGAGCCUUUAUCAUUCACCCUUGGUACGGGUACUCACCCAAUUGUGGUCGUGCAGCCAGAUGCCUGGACAGAGGACAGUGGCUUUCAUGCGAUUGGGCAACUGUGUGAAGCACCUGUGGUGACCCGAGAGUGGGUGUUGGACAGUGUAGCCCUCUACCAACGCCAGGAGCUGGACACCUACCUGAUACCCCAGAUCCCUCAUAGCCACUACUGAUUCCAGCCAGGCCCUGGGAGCUCCUCUCAUCCUAGUGCUUCCACAGUCCCGGUUACUAAAUAUUUUAUGUACCUCAGAGAAUUUCUGGCUGUGUAACGGUCCCUUAAAGAUUUUCUCCUUCAAGUCUCCCUUUGAAAUCUGCCAUGAGCACAAAAAUUGUGGUAAUUUUUCACCUGAAAAGAUUUAGAACCAUUUAAACCCCACCAGUCGAGCAAGAUGGCUGAUCCAUUAUUUAUCAGCCCUAUCCUGGUUCUAGGGCUGUUGGGAAACAGUUGGCUUAGGGCUUGGAGGCACACAGUGGCUUGGCCUCUAGAGAAUAUAACCGGUUUCCUAGUUUGUUUCUCUAAAACCCGUAGUGUAUAGAUACCAAGAGUCAGACCUUCAACGGAAGGAGAGUACUUGGGGAUUUAUGAUGUGACUUAAAAUCAGAACAGUCCUCAGACAGCUCUCAAAUGUUGGAGUGGAACACUGGGGAUGGAAUUCAGAGGCAGACAGUGGGUAUGAAUAUGGAACGUGAGGAUUAAUUAUAGGAUUGGGGAGUUGUGCUGACCCUGGUCUCCUCCAGAAAGUCUGGGUUAUAGUUGCUAGAUUUCUAAAGAACCUGUUAGCUGUGAUGUGCCCUGAAACAGCAGAAUCCUUCCAAAAACCUGCAUCAAAAGAUAAUCUUCUAAUUCCCCAUUAGUAGUAAAUAAAAUGUUACUGUAGCUCUGAUAUGUAACCAUUCCUUUUAAAAAUAUAAGAUCUUUGAGAUGAA